GCGGGGGCGAAGGGAUAAGGGUGAAAUGGGCGGGGACAAUCACCCCAAGCCCUUGGUACUGCGAACGCCCUGUUCAGGAUUUCUUAUUUUACCUUUUCCUGGCAGCUCAGGGAGAAAUGGUCUCUGUUUCACAGAGAAGAGCCGGUGGAGGUGGACAGACUGAAGUUCGGAUCCAGCUUCCACCACUUACUAGCGGUAUGCAAAGAAGCCUUUUUACGCAGAUGUCCUUAAAGACAAUAUGGAUCAGUCCGGAGUUCUCCUCUGGGUGAAAGCAGAACCCUUUAUAGUGGGUGCCUUACAGGUCCCACCACCAUCCAAGUUCAGUCUUCACUACCUCAGGAAGAUAUCCACCUAUGUGCGAAUCCGGGCCACAGAGGGAGCUUACCCUCGCCUGUACUGGUCAACCUGGAGGCACAUUGCAUGUGGGAAGCUGCAGUUGGCUAAGGAUCUGGCGUGGCUUUACUUUGAAAUCUUUGAUAGUCUUGCAGUGAAGACACCCGAGGAGCGUCUGGAGUGGUCUGAGAUUCUGUCCAGUUGCACAUCUGAGGAUGAAGUUGAAAAGCAGAGAAAUCAGCUUUCAGUGGAUACCCUGCAGUUUCUGCUCUUCUUGUAUAUACAGCAGUUAAAUAAGGUCUCCCUAAGGACAUCUUUGAUUGGAGAGGAGUGGCCUACUCCCAGAAACAGGUCUCAGUCUCCUGACCUGACUGAAAAAUCCAGUUGUCAUAAUAAGAACUGGAAUGAUUACAGUCACCAAGCGUUUGUCUUUGACCAUCUGUCAGAUCUCCUUGAGCUGCUUUUAGAUCCAGAACAACUCACUACAUCCUCUCAUUCGACUAACAGUAGUCUAGUCUCUAGAGAAGCUGUUGUGGCACUCAGCUUCCUUAUUGAAGGUACAGUGAGGAGAGCCAGGAAGAUAUAUCCACUCCAUGAACUUGCACUAUGGCAACCACUACAUACAGAAAGUGGCUUCUCAAAGAUCUCUAAGACCUUUUCUUUCUACAAGCUGCAAUCCUGGUUGAGAGCCUGUUUGACUGGGAAUCCAUUUGGUACCUCUGCUUGCCUCAAGUCUGGAAAGAAAUUGGCUUGGGCUCACCAAGUUGAAGGGACGACCAAAAGAGCUAAGAUUGCUUGUAAUACUCAUGUGGCCCCUAAGAUGCACCGCAUGGUGGUGAUGAGCCAGGUUUACAAGCAGACGUUGGCUAAGAGCUCAGAUACUCUGGUGGGGGCACAUGUAAAGAUUCAUCGCUGCAACGAAUCUUUUAUAUAUCUGCUCUCUCCCUUACGAUCUGUGACAAUUGAGAAGUGCAGAAAUAGCACAUUUAUUCUCGGCCCAGUACAGACUGCUCUUCACCUCCACAGCUGUGACAAUGUUAAAGUCAUUGCUGUUUGUCAUCGUUUGUCCAUCUCUUCUACUAUAGGCUGCAUCUUCCAUGUGCUGACACCUACACGCCCACUUAUUCUCUCUGGGAACCACACAGUAACUUUUGCCCCUUUUCAUACCCAUUACCCAAUGCUGGAGGACCAUAUGGCCAGAACUGGCCUUGCUACAGUGCCUAACUAUUGGGAUGAUCCAAUGAUUCUGUGCAGAGAGAACAGAGACACAAGUGUCUUCCGACUCUUACCACCUUGUGAAUUCUAUGUAUUUAUUAUUCCCUUUGAAAUGGAAGGGGACACAACCGAGAUACCUGGGGGUCUUCCAUCUGCAUAUCAGAAAGCACUGGGCCAAAGAGAACAAAAGAUACAGAUCUGGCAGAAAACUGUGAAGGAAGCUCAUUUGACAAAGGAUCAAAGGAAGCAGUUCCAGAUCCUUGUGGAGAAUAAGUUCUAUGAGUGGUUGAUUAAUACAGGACAUCUGCAACAGCUGGACAGCCUUGUGCCCCCUGCAGCAGGUUCCAAACAAGCAGCAGGAUGAGACUCCUACGUCAGAGCACUGGGCCCUGGAAGAAUGAGGAUGAAUGGAAGAUGAUGUGCAUCUUGAAACUAAAUCAGGAAGGUGCUCUUGCUGCUUAAAAGACUUUGGGGCUUUUUCUUCCUAUUUAAGACCUUUCCUUGAUUUCCAUUUCAUACUUAUUUAUUACCAUUUCAGUUGAAUUUUAGGUAAACUUCUGACCUGUCAUAUAAAUGUACUGUUUAUAGAACAUGGGAUGAUUCAUCUUUGUGAUGCCAAAAUGGAAAAGUUGAUGAAGCCUGCCCCAUUGUAUAUAUGUUAAUAUUAAAGUGAUUGAAUGUAGAUUUACAAGUUAACUUCACAUUUUAAUUUGUAUGAUAAAAGGGUUUCAUCCUUUCUGGGGUUAAGAGUUUUAUAGUUCUUUGUAACUAUGUAAAAGGAAAUUGCUACUCUUUUCAGAAAUAAUUGGAAAGAAAGUAUGAUCGUUGGUAUAUAAAUGUAGCAAAAUACUUUUAUGCAAAGAUAUUUUAGUCCUUAAAGUAUAAAACUUAAUGAAAUUGUAAAGUCUUUAUUUUCACUUUGUGCUUCAGAUUUUCAAUAAACAUGCUAUAAAAAGUAAUUUUCUCCUUUUGAUAAAAAGAUAAAGCUUAACUUAUAACUUUAGAAAAAGGUUUCCAGUGUUAUUCUGUGAUAUAUCAAAAUAAAGUUUACAUUUGAUUAGGAAAGCUGUGUUCUUUAAGAUAACAUAAAAUAAUUAUCAAAUUAGUAAAGUGAAUCUGAUUGCUGAUAAGGGUUUCAUACGCUCACUGACCAUUGAAUUCCUAAUUAUUUCAAAAAAGGGCUUGAACUGUAUUUCUGAAGUGAAAAACCUUGGAAUGUGUUAAUUCUGAGGUUUUCAUAUUUUUUAUUUUAAGAUGAAAUUCAAGGAAGCAGAGUGUUAUCAAAUAAACACAGGAGUGAUAAAAAUAUGUUUUGUAA